UCACCACAUUCCCCUUCAGAGGAAGUCUGUACUCGCUGCCCUUCUAUGAACCGUAUGGCCGCCUCAUUCCAGCUCUGGGACUUUACAGAACGCACUAUAGGGAGCAGCGACCGGGCGCAGCGAGACAAAUCCCGUCUACCGGCGGCAGACGACGCUCUGGACACACCGACCGUCUCAACUGGGCAAGCAGCCUGCUUAGAGGAAAAUACAUCUUUCACUAUGUCUACUAAAGAUCUGGACCAGGAGAACCCUGCAGAAUAUUGCCAAGAAGGAUACCACCCGGCAAAAAUGGGUGAACUGCUGAACAGGAGGUACCAAGUCAUGAACAAGGUCGGAUGGGGCUAUUUCUCCACAGUGUGGCUAUGUCGAGACUUGCAGAUGAAGAAGUGUGUUGCGGUGAAGAUUUCAAAAAGCGGGAAAAAGUUUAAUGAAGCCGCCAUGGAUGAAAUUGCGCUGCUUAACUGUGUAAAUGGGGCGCGCAAAAAGGAUUCGCAAGGAGAAAACGUCAUACGAUUUCUGCAGGACUUCAAACUGAUUGGAGAAAACGGCCUCCAUGUGUGCCUUGUGUUUGAGUUGCUAGGACCAUCUCUCCUACACUUGAUGAGGAACUAUGGACCUAAGGGGCUACCACUGAGCUGUGUAAAAAGAAUUAUACAACAGGUGCUCCAAGGUCUGGGCUUUUUACACACGAAAUGUCGCAUCAUCCACACGGACAUCAAACCAGAAAACAUACUGGUGUGUGUGAAUGAGGACAAUCUACAGCGGUACAUGGAAGAGGCCACCAUCUGGAAUCAAAACCGAAUCAGCGAAGGGAUUGAUGCAAACUUCCUAACCCACCUGUUUGACACUGGAAAUGUGGACAUGCUGGGGAUUAAAAUAGCUGACUUGGGAAGUGCAUGCUGGACAUAUAAACCUUUUUCUGAAGAGAUCCAGACGCAGCAGUACCGAGCACUGGAGGUCCUCCUGGGCUCUGGAUACAGUACCCCAGCUGACAUAUGGAGCACUGCAUGCAUGGCAUAUGAAAUGGCCACAUCCUAUUACCUUUUUGAGCCUCAAGCUGGAGAGAACUUCACAAGGAACGAUGAUCACAUUGCCUGUAUGAUUGAGCUGCUUGGGCGCAUACCACCAAAAAUCGCUUUUUCUGGGAAAAACUCAUCAACCUGUUUUAAUAAGCAAGGUUACCUCCUCCGUAUCCAGUACCUGUACCCCUGCGGUCUUUAUGACACUCUGGUGAGCCGGCACAAGUGGCAGAAGAACGAGGCCCUCAUAUUUGCCAGCUUCCUCCUACCCAUGUUGGAUUAUUCUCCAGAAAAGCGAGCCACGGCGGAGAAAUGUCUUCAGCACCCCUGGUUACAAUGCUGAUACCUGGCCGUGUUCUUUUAUGUUUUUAUUUUUGUACUUUGUAUAAUUUCAUUAAAUAUUCAACAAGC